AUGUCGACGAUGCAGACCUUCGGGAAGGGCAUCGUCCGUGUGGCGAAGAAUUACACCAAAGGUUAUUCGGACGUGCAGGCCAAGGUCCGCGACGCCACCUCGAACGACCCAUGGGGCCCCUCGGGCACGCAGAUGAACGAGAUCGCGCAGCUCACUUAUAAUCAGAAUGAUUUUAUUGAAAUCAUGGAGAUGCUAGACAAGCGCUUGAACGACAAGGGCAAGAAUUGGCGGCAUGUCUUCAAGUCACUCACGGUGCUCGAUUACCUGCUGCAUGCCGGAUCCGAAAACGUGGUCAUCUACUUCCGGGACAACUUAUAUGUUGUAAAGACUCUCAAGGAGUUCCAGUAUAUCGACGACGACGGCAAGGACCAGGGCGCGAAUGUACGACAGAAGGCAAAAGACAUCACCAACCUUCUCACGGACGAGGGCCGCCUGCGCCAGGAGCGCCGCUCGCGUGCCAGCAUGCGUGACCGCAUGCUUCGCGGAACCAACGACGGGUUCGAAGAUGAGGACGAGAACUCGCGCAGGCGCUCGCGUAGUCUUCCUCCUAGAUCUUCUGGUAGGCGGCAGACGAAUGGUGGUGGGCAGGAUGAUGAGCUCCAGCGCGCGAUCGAAGCCAGCAAGCGCACUCUCGCCGAAGAACAGCAGCGCCAGGGUGGGCUCACAUCAGAGGAGCGCGACAUUCAGGCGGCCAUACGUCUCAGCGAAGAGGAGGAGGCGCGCCGUGCGAAGGCGAUCGAAGAGUCGAACCAGUCGGCGCUAUUUGACGAGCAUGCCCAAUUAAACCAGCUCGCAAGUUCUUCCAACCCGUUCCCGCUUGUGGACCCGUCGACACAGCAACUUGGUGGCCUGCAGCCACAAUUCACCAUGCAGCCACAGUUCACGUCGUUCAAUCCGUACCAGCAGCAAGCGCAGCAAGAGGCAGCUCAGGCGGAGUACAUGCGACAACAGGCAGAAUGGAUGCGCCAGCAACAGGAAUUGCAGGCCCAGCAACAGCAACAGCAGCAGCAACAGCAACAGCAGCAAGCCCAACAAGAGGAGUGGAUGCGGCAGCAGCAACUCCUGCAGAUGCAACAGCAGCAGCGGCAGCAGCUGGGACUUGGCGCACCGCAGGGACUGCUGGCACAGCCGACCGGGUUCGGCUCAAACAAUCCCUUCGCUCCAGCGCAGCCACCUUCCCUAUCGACGUCUGCACUUCCGUCGUUUUCUCAUUCGCUCACUACAUCACCAGCGCCGCAGAGUGCCAGCCCGUCGUUCAAUCUUCAGGGCACCUAUGCAAACGGCGCUCCAGCAACGCACGCGUCUCCACCACCACCAUCACGUUCCGCUCCCCCAGGCCGACAGACGAUACAGGUCAAGACUCGCGCAGACGAGGAACAUGCGCAUCUCGCGAACCUGUUCGCCAACCGCGACGAUGGUACCGACACUUUCGGCAACUACGGACAACUGAGGUACGGCCAACAAGCCGCACGUUUGGUUGGUCAGCCCACAGGCGCUCUCCAGUCCAAUCACAACCCAUUCGCGUUGCAACAGCAGCAGACAAAUGCCGAUCAACCCUUCUUCUCUAUCUGA